AUGUACGUGGCUUCCAUGCGCAAGUCUUUCAAGGAUUCCUUAAAACUCCUUGAAGCUGAUAUCCAACACGCCAAUACUCUGGCUUCAGAUUUUCCUAGGGAGUAUGAUGGUGCAUGUCUUCAGAUGAGAAUGUCAUAUAGUCCAGCUGCGCACUUGUUUCUGUUUUUUGUUCAAUGGACAGAUUGUCAUCUUGCUGGAGCUCUUGGAUUGUUAAGAAUCCUAAUUUAUAAGGUCUAUGUGGAUGGAACAACCACCAUGUCUACCCAGGAAAGAAAAGCAAGUAUAAGGGAAUUCUAUGCUGUCAUUUAUCCCUCUUUAUUACAACUUGAAAGAGGUGUCACUGAUUCUGAGGAUAAAAAACAAAAGGCUGUAUGUAUGGAGAGGUACCGUCGAAGAGAUGAGGAUGAAUACUGGCAAUCUUCUGACAUAGACAUUGAAAGAGAAGAUGAAUGUGGGAUAUGCAUGGAGAUGAAUAGUAAAAUUGUGUUGCCCAACUGUAAUCAUGCUAUGUGCCUCAAGUGUUACCGAGAAUGGCGAACAAUAUCACAGUCAUGCCCAUUUUGCCGUGACAGUCUGAAGAGAGUGAACUCAGGCGAUCUCUGGGUAUUCACGGAUAGAAGGGACGUGGUUGACAUGGCAACUGUGACAAGGGAGAAUCUCCGAAGGGUUUUCAUGUACAUAGAUAAGUUGCCUUUGAUUGUUCCAGACUCUAUCUUUGAUAUGUAUGACUCUCACAUAAGGUAA